AUGGGUUUCGGACAGACGGAGCAUCUCGCAAUCCGGCUGCUAUAUAAACCGCGGAUCGCUCGGAGUGGAGCAUCAGUUGGCUUCCUCUUCUGCUACGUGAAGUUCCAUAGUUUUCAACCCCCAAGCAAGAAACUUCCAGCAAUGAAGAUCUUUGUGUGUCUCCUGGCUACGUUGGCUGCCACCGCAUCGGCUGGCUUUAUUGGCGGAUCCGGCGGUGGCGGCGGUGGCGGUGGCUACAGCUAUGGAAUCGGUUCCGGCGGCGGCGGUGGUGGCCACCAGGAGGUGAAGACCAUCCAGGUGAUCCACCAGGAGGGUGGCGGCUACUCCGGCGGCGGCGGUCAUGGCGGUUACUCUAGUGGCCAUGGAGGCUACUCUGGCGGCGGCCACCAGGAGAUUAAGACCAUCAAGGUUAUUCAGCAGGAAGGUGGCGGCUAUUCCGGCGGUCAUGGCGGUUACUCUGGUGGUCACGGUGGCUACUCUGGCGGUGGACACCAGGAGGUGAAGACCGUUAAGGUCAUCCAUGAGGAAGGACAUGCCCUGGGCGGCGGCGGUUAUACCGGAGGCCUUGCCGGCCAUGGACACGGACAUGGUGGCCAUCAGGAGGUGAAAUUGGUCAAGGUCAUCCAUGAGGAGGGCGGUCAUGGCCACGGACACGGCGGUGGCUACUCCCACGGUGGAUUCUCCGGCGGUCAUCAGGAGGUUAAGACUGUGAAGGUCAUCCACCAGGAGGCUGGCGGUCAUGGCGGAUACUCUGGCGGACAUGGUGGCUACUCUGGCGGCCAUGGCGGCUACUCCGGCGGCGGUCACCAGGAGGUCAAGACCGUUAAGGUCAUCCACGAGGAAGGACACGCUUUGGGCGGCGGCGGCGGCUAUGCCGGUGGCUACUCCGGUGGCUUCUCCGGCCAUGGAGGUGGCCACGAGGAAGUGAAGGUGGUCAAGGUGAUCCAUGAGGAGGGCGGUCACAGCCAUGGCGGCCACGAUCACGGCCACGGUCACUCGCACGGCGGAUUCGAGGAGGUCAAGACCAUCAAGGUCAUUCACGAGGAGGGUGGCCACGCCCACGGCCACGGACCCGCCCCCAUCAUCAGCAACGAAUACCUGCCGCCCAGCAAUGAGUACCUGCCCCCCGUAUCUGCUCCCCAGCCCGGAUAUCUGCCCCCAUCCUCCAGCUGGAAGUGAUUCCAUGCCAUUCGAUUCGAGCCAUACUGAUCCUUGAGUCUUGUUAAGUAAUUUUAGGUCUACUUUUUUUUAUUUCCCAUGUUUUUUCAUUGUUGUUCCCAUUUUACCUCACCAUUUCAACAAAUAUACCAUCUGUAAAUUAUAAA